GAACAACUGUUACGUUUGUUGCCAUUUGCCAACCUUCUUCUGAUUCAAAUAAACCACAAAUCAUCAAUAUUGUGAGUUCAAAUCUAAGGUAUAGAAAGGAACGCAUUAUUAACUUACGACGAAUGUUCAAUUUGGCCCUGCUUCUAGAUCCAUUCAAGGAAAUAAUUGGAUGGCGUGAUACACCUGAACUUCUUCUAAUUCAAAAAGAUAAUCACAUUAUUACUGUGAAUCCCACAAAUGUCAAGAAAGUUUUCAUUGGUUUAAGUUCACAGAUUCAAAUUGAAAGGUUAAAAGUUAUCUAUGAGAAAUUAAAGCGUAAAAAUGUACUAAAUGUUGAUCAUAUUGUUGCUGUAAGUUUGCCUGAUAUAACAGAACCUUAUUUGUAUUUUGAACCAAGAGGUAUGUGUGUCUAUCCAAAAAUAGAAAAAGAAGUGAUUGAAGCUGUUUUAUGCGUACUUGAGGCACAUAUGAGUAUGUAUGUUAGUGAUCUUAUUUUCCACCGGGAUAUCCGUUGGUCUAAUGUUAUUCAAAAAGCAAAUGGAAAUAAAUGGUUUCUAAUUGAUUUUGAUGAUGCAGUUUCUCUUCCAACCUUGGCAGCAAUACAUCUUGCAAAGGAUAAUUAUGCGUCAGAAGUUUUUCAUGAUAAUCAUGGUGGAGAAGUUGAUGUUUGGAGUGUUGGGUAUUUAAUAGAUUAUGCAGCAAGAUUAUCAAUUGGUCUCUCUGCAGAGAUUGUAAAUGUAGGGAAAUGA